AUGGCCAAUUGCCCCGACCCGCACACGUACCGCAAGGAGUUGUGUACGAUGCUGCGGAUGGACCCAACGCUACAGGCUUGGUAUGCGCUGGUGGUGUUGUAUGUGGCGGAGUGGCCCACGUACGCGCGUCACGGCACAGGGGGUGACGCCUAUUUGAGUUAUUUGAAAAACUUAGCUGAAAAAUUCGAAGUCCCACGACACGCAGCUGUGCAGGUUCAAAUGCUUUUUGCAGAGGAGCUUUCCUGUGGUACCCCUUCCUUCUUCUUGGAUGGACUUAAAAUUGUGGGCAAGGACAUCCACCGGCACCACGACUUGAUAAUGGUGUUGCGCAAGUACAGAGAAGAUUCGGACUUCGCCGAUUUAAUUGAUUAUACGCAAGUCACCAAACUGCCAGCAGACGUCUCCAUCUCUGGGUUCCCGAUGAUCCUCAGAACUGCAUUCGAAGGUUUCGCUUUCUGUUUCAGCAAAAAUCUGUAUAUCCGCCCCGACAAGAAGGGAGAUGGACAAUCAAGACGAACAGACGGAACUGGAGUGUUGACAAUGAACGAUUUCUACAACACGUACGUGCGGCAGUACCAGCACAACCAAUUUCAGUAUUGGCUGCUUCUCAUGAUGGCGAGCGUAAUGAAACGCGUCGUAUCAAGCAGACCGCAUGCGGGUUUUAUGGUGUUGAAGUUCGACUCUGCACAAGCGCUGGGGCUGAACCGCGGGCGCGGCGGCGCCAAUGAGUUGGACAAGGCGGCUAUUGACUCGCUGCAGCGGCAGGUAGCGGCCAGCGUAGAGGGGAAGCUGGACCGCUCGCUACAGAGGUUUCAGAAUUUUCAGUUUGUGCAGAGUCCGCUGAUUGCGGCGACUUCGGCCAUGCGACCCAACGUGUCGGUUACGGGAUACUUGGAGCGCACCAAGGCCGGCAGCUUCGUCGACCACGGUAUUUUCGGGAUGGACAUGGAAACGGACACCCUAGAAGAACUCAAAGAGCGCAUGCAGCCCGGAAAUCUGCUCGUCGAUGUUUCGCUUGUGGACCCAUGGAGCUCCAGGCCUGUCUCGGACUGGCCCGAUCCACUGCAGCGCGACGUCCUUGCGCUGACUGCAUACACUGCAACGCAGCUGCUGUGUGCUGAGCUUCAGUGGGACCCGUCGCUGGGAAACCUGGGCCACGUUGAAGUGGUGUACUCGGGCUUUGCAGAUGUCUACGAUUCAGCGGGGGGAGCGCAGCAGUCCAAGGCAAAGUUCGACCCCGACGUACAGGUGUUGCUGCUGCGGGACAACCAGAAGUUUGUGGAGGACGGACUAGAAGAAGGAAGCAAGGAGAAGAUCACCAAUCUCAUGGCCCAGGAGCCGCUGCAGUGGGGACAGAAACGUGUGAUAGACGCCGAAAGAAUCAAGUGGAAAGGCGUAGCCAGGCUGCUGCGCGGUGGCCAGCUCUACAGAAAGAGUGCCUUUGGAACCGGGUUACCCCCCGCGCUCCGCAGAAACGCAGAAGAUCUUCUGAAACCCAAUGUUGUGCUGAUUCAUAUCGUUAUCCAGGGCUUGGGAGAUAUGACUCCCGAUACACUCGGCUUUGAUAUGACAGCAAGCGAAAUGGCCAGUCGCCUCGUGCGAAGAUGCAGAGGCAUCUAUGAUCCUGUCCUCCUCAAAUCCGUCACUCCUUUUGUCAAGGAGUUGCAGGUGAAGAACGAGCGGCAGUGCGUUGGGGACAUGCCUAAGUGGGUGGUGUUGGUAUCUACUCUUGGCGUGGCUCUUUUCUUUAUAAUUUUGAUUGCGCUGUUGCUGUACCACGACAAGAUAAAGUUGCCCUGGUGGAUAAUGUGCAUUUGCAGCAGCCGAGCCCCUUGGGAGGAGUCGUCUGCUGCCUCCAGCAUGUCCAAUGGUUUCGGGCCUGAGGUACUCGAGAAGCAAAGCAACUCGACGCGCGAUAUAAUUGCGUUUGCCCCUCCCUUGAAAGAAAUGACAUCAAGUCUGUCAUAA